AUGACCUCAUGUGACAGACAUGAAAGAGUACCGGGGAAGACAAACACAGAAAGUACACCAGCAAAACCGGCUUCUGCAACCAAAGCUACUCCAGCUAAACCAACCCCAGCACCUAAAACUACACCUGCCAAAUCACCCAAGGCUACACCUGCCAAGUCCGCACCAGCGACCAAAUCUACACCCUCUAAACCGACGUCUGCUGCUAAAAGUCCAACUCCAAGCGCUGUCACUAAAUCUUCCCCCAGCAGAUCCGAGUCGGCCAGUAAAGCUGCCGCCGACAGGCGGCGCACAGGAGGCGAAAAGGAAGCUGCUGUUAAAACUCCCACACGAGUUUCAUCAAGAUUGGCUGCAGAGCAAAGUGAGGAGUCCAAGCAGGCUUCCACCCCUGCUGCAGACACUGCAGAGACCGUUGCGACUGCUCGAACCAGAAGGUCGGCAAGCGGCGGUCCGUCUGCAGGAGGGAGUGAAGGUGAACGCACCGCCUUGGCCAAGACAGACAAAGAGACAGGAGCGGUCAAAGCUUCAGUGGGUGAAACCACAGCGAGUAAAGAAAAGGCUAAAAGCACAACUGAAGCAGAACCCAGACAGGCUGAAGCGUCCAAAGAAGCUGCAAGUGAAGUGACGACCAGGAGCCGAGCAGAAGAGCCGAAGCUGAACACACAUCGAGUGAUGCUGCCCAUUAUCAAUGUGAAGCUGCAGAAGAUGGAACCUGCUCUGAUGACGACCGGUGGAAGGAGGGGGGAGGAGGAGGAGGAGGAGGAGGCGGAGGAGGAAAAGAAAGAGAGCAGAGACUUCAAGCGCCGAAAUGAAGAGAAGGUGGAGAAGAAGGAGGAGGAAAAGGAAGACAGCAGAAGAGUAAGGACAAGGAGAGAUGAGAGGGAGGAGCAGAAGAAAGAGGGCCGAGGAGUGAAGAGGAGGAAGGACGAGGAGGACCAGAAGAAGGUGGAUGAGGGGAAGGAGAAGGAAGAUGACAAAGGAGUCAAGAAGAGAAGAGAGAAGAAAAACGAUGAGGAGGUGGUCCAGAGGAAAACGAAUGAGAAAGAGGAAGGAGAAAAAGAAGAGGCCCGAGGAGUCAAGAGGAAGAGCGAAGGGGAGGUGCAGAAGAAAAGUCAGGACAGCAGCGAGGAAAAGGCAACGAUGGAGAGACGAUCAUCAAAAAGACACAAGGAACAGGAAAAGGGAACAGAGGAGGAAGGAGUAAAGACGAGUCCAGCUGAGAAGGAGGAGGAGGAGAGUAAGAAAGAGGAGAAGCAGAAGAGAGACAGGAGCACAGAGGGCAAAGAAACAAGGAGGAUGAAAGAAAAAGAGGCGGAGAAGAAAGCGAGGAAGGAUAUUUCAGAGGAAAAGAAAGAUGUGAAGAGUAAGGAGGUGGAGGAAGAGGGGGAGAAGAGGAGAGACAGGAGGCUGGAGGCCAGAGAAAUGAGAAGGACGAAAGAAAAGGAGGAGCAGCAGAAAACGAGAAAUGACACAUCAGAAGAAAAAAAUUUAAGAACAGAGGAGGAGGAGAAGGUGGUUGAAAAGGAGAAAAUAAGUAGGGACACCAGUGAGGCCCGAGAAAUGAGGAGGACAAGAGAGAAGGAGGCGCUUCGGAAGAUGAGGACGGAUGCUUCACAGAAAAGGAAAGAUUUAGGAAGAGAAAAGGCGGCGAAGAAGUUGGAAGAGGAGAAGACAAGGAGAGAAAGGAGCACAGAGGCCCAAGAAACGAGGAAAACAAGAGAAAAGGAGGUGCAGCAGAAAACGAGAAACGAUCAUUCAGAAGAAAAAGAUUUAGGAAGAGAGAAGGAGGAGCAGAAGGUGGAAGAGGAGACGACAAGGAAAGACACCAGCCCGGAGCCCAAAGAAAUGAGGAGGACGAGAGAAAAGGAGGCACUUCAGAAGAUGAGGAAGGAUGAUUCAGAUGAAAGGAAACAGUCAAGAAGAGAGAAGGAGGUGAAGAAGGUGCAGCAGAAGGCGAGGAAGGAUGUUAUAGAAGCAAAGAAAGAUUUAAGAAGAGAAGAGGAGCAGAAGAAAAAGGUGGAAGAGGAGAAGAGGGAGAGGAGAUCUGAGGGAGAGAAGCAGAAGGAGAAAACUGAGAGGGAGAAAAGAGGAGGUGCUGCUCCAGACGAUGAGCGACAGCGCCACCUGGCCGCCAAGAGGGAGAGCGUGUUAAAGUCUCUGAGGGGUCUGCUGAAGGCCGGGAGAGGAGGGAGGAGGAGGGAGGCAACGAGGAGCGCUCUGAGAGGCGGCGACGGAGCGAAGAGGAGGAGGACAGGAAGCCCGACAAGGUCAGAGUGGAGGAGUGCGAAGGAGUCAGCCGCAGCCAAGAAAACAUCAGAGAAGAAGAAGGAAGGCGCCAAGAAGGGGAACGGCAGGACAUCGGAGAAGAUGCAGGUAGAAGAAAAGUUGGAGAAAAGUCGAGAUGUGGAGCUGAAGACAAAGGAAAAGGAGGAGGAGAAGAAGACUGAUGAAGAAAAGAAGGAGGAGAGAAAAAUAAUUGGAAAGAUCGUCAAGGCAACAGCCGGGCAGGGUCCGAAGGUCCAGGUGAAGACGAUGAUGGGAGGAAUGACCAUGAGGGAAGAGGAGAAGGUGGGAGGAACAUCUGCAAAGGAGGGGGAGAAGAAGAAAGAGGAGAAGGUGGAAAAGAAAAGAAGUUUGGAGAAAGAGAAGAAGAAGGGCGCUGAAGAAAAAGAGAAGUCGGAUGAUGGGAGCUCGAAGAAAAGCAUCGAGGUCCAGAUGAAAUCUGAAAGAACUCAAGCGGAGGAGAAAAAAGCCAAGAGCGUGACGGAGGCUGCGAAGAAAAACGAGGAGCGCAAGGAGGAGGGGGAAGCAGCAGCAAGAAGAAAAGAACAGGAGGGUGAAGAAAAGAAGAAGGACGAGGCGGAGAAACCAAAAAAGGCGGAAAAUGCAGAAAAACACGAAACGCAAAAAACAACGGGCGAGAAGAAAUGCGAAGGUGCGGAGCCGGGCGGGCAGAGGAAGACCGGCGAGGAGAAGGAAAGUGACGGAGCGAGCCGACCCGAGACGUCGGCAGCAGUGGAGAAGAGCGCUGGAGGAGAAGGUAACCCGGUAAAGGAGCAGCAGAAGAAGCGCUCGAUGGUGACGCUGACGGACUCGACGCUACACCGGAUCCACGGAGACAUCCGGAUCUCUCUGAAGAACGACAAUCCCGACAUCAGCAAGUGUCUGGCGGCGCUGAAUCAGCUCAGUAUGGUUUAUGUGACGUCUCAACACGUCCAGAGGCACAGCGAGCUCGUCGCCACGCUCAGGAAGAUGCGUUACUACCGGGCAAACCAGGACAUCAUGGACAAGGCGUCCAUGCUCUAUAACCGCUUCAAGAACGCCUUCCUGGUGGGGGAGGGUGAGGAGGUGGUGAGCGCCGCCUUCCUGCGCUCGCUGCUGGAGGAGAAGGAGGAGGAGGAGGCGCAGAGGGUGGAGCGCUGUAUGGAGAAGGUGAGGAAGGAGGGGCUGCUGCACGAGGCGAAGAGAAGUAUGGGGCAGGUGAACAAGAAGAGGAAUAACGGAGGAGAAGAUGGAGAGGAGAAAGCUGAAGCUCCAGUGGACUCCUCCUGACGGCUCAUCAUCACUGGAAGCAGCCUGGACCGGACCAACUGCUACUGGGGGGAGCAACACAGACACACAAUAGGAUUUUCCAAAACCACUUACCUCAUUGGGCAGUAGCGUGCUUACCUGUUUAACUUCUCGCAGUGUGGACUGUCACACCUUAGCAGGUGUGCUGUUCUUACCCCACAGCUUGUUGUGCUAAGGCCACCUUAUUAAGUUAUUAAGCGCUUUGGAGCAGCUGAUUUUAUUUUAACUGGAUGUUUAUCUAUUUUCCACUUUAAUGUAAUGAGCGUUAAACUGACGGCGAGAGCAUUACACACCUAAGCAUUAAUGUGUACCUGCUGUUUAAGCUGACGUCCUGUUGCUGUGACAUUUAGAGGCGAGAUUUUCCUGCACCUGACACAGUUCUGACUCUGUCAUCUCUUAUGAAGUUUUUUGUCAUCGCCGUCACUGGGGCUGAUAUUUUUUCUUUCUUUUUUUAAACUGAAGCAUUAAACCUUGAGAUGCACGAGGCCUACAGACGGUUCUGGCCAUUUUAAUUUUUGUUUUUUUUGUGAUUCAAUGAUGUGUUUUUAUUCCUUUUAGCAGUUUUAUUCCUGUUAUCUUGGUCUUCAUGUAAAUAUGUAUUUUUUUUAUUUCACAAAUAAGAA